GUCAUCGUCUAUGUUCUGCGGUCCAUCAUCGAGCGAAUUUGUAUUGACAAAAAUGUCCAGUCAAUUUCAACAAUAAUGCGGUCAAAAAUUGUUAUAUUCGCUUGAUUUUUCCCGUCAUUCCGAAGCGUCAUUAAGCCUUUUAUGUGUUUGCAUCACUGUUCGGGAGAAACGAAAUGGAACCGAAAAGAAAGCUUUCAACCCAGGGAGACUCUCUCUAUCAGAUCUUAGCGUUGCCCAAGACUGCCACAAGCGAAGAGAUCAAGAAGACUUACAGGAGGCUCGCUCUCAAAUAUCACCCCGACAAGAACCCCAACAAUCCGGAGGCUACGGAGAAAUUCAAAGAUGUGAAUCAUGCCCAUUCUAUACUCAGCGAUCCAACGAAGAGGAGCAUCUAUGAUAAUUACGGUUCAUUGGGAUUGUACAUAGCAGAACGGUUUGGGGAGGAGAACGUCAAUACCUACUUCGUGGUAACGUCGACAUGGUGCAAGGCGCUGUUCGUCUUCUGCGGUGUCGCCACCUGCUGUUACUGCUGCUGCUGCCUGUGCUGCUGCUGCAAUUUCUGCUGCGGAAAAUGCAGACCCCAAUCCCCGGAGGAGACCGGAGACUAUCACACCCUGAACGUGAACUUCCUUCUUUCCGCCAAGCGGGAUCAGGGACCUAGUCAACAACCGAUAAUUAGUCAACCCGGAAAAGGGGACGAUCAUUCUGACGCUGACGGAUCUCCGAGGGGGGGUUCCCCCGUGACUUCCCAGCCUUCCCCGAAGAAGGGGACCGGCAGCAUGCCGGUCUACGCCAUGCCGCCGCCCAAUUAUAACGAAAGUCAAUCGCUGAAUCAGGGUGAUGUACCGGUCUACACUCCAGAGAGUUAAAUUAUAUUUUAUCCAGGAAUGAGUUCCGCAUGUCCUCCGAACCAGCAGCAGUGGUGAGCGACGACCUAACGUCAGAAUACAUCAAGAUGAACCCUAGGCACUUUACAGCCUUCAUUCACACCACAUCAGCCUAGAUCUAUAUUCAAAUUUCAGAUUAUCGAAAAAGUAAGUUAAGUGUAAACGAUUGUUAAAAAUUUUUGAAUCAUUUGAAAAAUCAUAACCACCAAAAAAUGUCCCAUGUGUCAAUAUUCAUCAGUUCCCGAUGAGACUCCAUUUCUGAUUCGUAAUUAUCGUAGUUAUUCCCUAAAUGUUUUGUUGUAUUUUGUUCGAAUGUGCAAACUCAUUCUUGUUUCUUGCAUAUUUGAAAUUUUUUUCGAAGUAAACUUCGGAUCAUUGAGUCAAUUAGGAAGAAAGUAACGCAAGAGAGGUGCCAUUGAUUUUAACCGAAUCUAGUGACUGAUGAAAAAUGCAGCUUUUGUAAUUUUUCCUCGAAUCAAAUUUGAAAAAUUAAUCGUCAUUUGCGAGCAAAAAUUCGUAGAGCACGUUUUUAGGUCCAUACUUAUUUAUUGUAAAUUAUGCGGAAUUUUUAUUAAUGUUCCACUUGGAAAUAUUGACUCGACCACCUUUUCCAUCCACGAGAUCUUGAAAUUUCUUAAAUAUUUAAUCUUGUAUUUAUUUAUACCUUUUCCUACACAAUGGGACACUUUUAUGUAUAAUUAUCGACACUUAAGCUGUCACUUUUGGAGAGGUUACAGACAUACAGAGAGCGGUUGGUGAAUGGAUCACACGAAAUUUUUUGAAAUGCUCAUUUUUUAAAUCGCACACACACAUAAUCAAAUUUUGAUCUUCGAGGGGCUUCAUUGUGUUAUGGAUUCACAUCUGUGCCUUUAACAAAAUGAGCAUUACCUCAUUUUUCCUAACGACCUGUGUGUUGCAACUUCUUCAAUUUCUAUAAAAUUGAUAUGUAACAUUUAUUAGAUGUUGAGUCAUAUAAUUAUAUAUUAAUAAUGAAAUUAGCUUAGGUAUGAUUACUAGAGCUAUGUCUGUGUAUAUUAUGAAUAAAUAAUUAAGACAUUAA